CUUGACUGGUCAUAUAUGAUGGACCGGAGGCAUGGGGAGCUUCUGGUCGAUGUGGGCAUCUCAUUCACGCCUCGCUCUCCAGAUGUUCCUGUCGUCGGGGUGUGGAGAUUAGAUGCGUUGGAGGCAUCGUUUGGUGCAGGAGGCUACAAGCGAGGCGAGAUACAUCACCAUAACAUGCUGUCCAGAUAUGGCGCGCUGCAGGCAGAAAUGCAACAGGAAAGGUCGCAGCAGACGCACAUAGCAUUCAGGAGCACCUAUAAUCUAUACUACGAGUCGAUCCGCACGAACAACAACCAGGCGAACUUUGCUUCCGACAGCGAUGCAUACAAGCUAUCUCCUUCAUACAUGGCUGAAUGCUUUGACAUCAUGAAGGUGGUCGAUCAUUGCAAAGGGAAGACAUACGGUGUUAGAGAUGAGUAUAGGGUCAGUGGUCACGCAGCAAGGAUCAUGUUGGACAAUAUAGAAAGCAAGGCUAUUCAAUAUCUGCAAUCAGAUCCAAUACUAUGGAUCCCAUCCACAAUCUGGUUCGAGCUUAUCAGGCGACGUGUACGGGAGAUUCAAAGGACCCAAAUAAGCAUUGUAAAAAAGAACCCUCCAAAUCUUGGCAUCCUGACUGGUCUGCUAAACCACAUGCUUCGCUCGACUACAUCAACCCCUAUCAUCUAUGACUCCCAUGUCCGUGAAUCCCUCACCCUCCUUGAAUACAGGAAUGUACUCGAGACAGCAGGAAUGUUUUUCUUGCAGGAUUUUGAUAUAAACAGCGACACAUGCUUGGAGGAGGUGCAGCAAAUCGAUGAUGUUAAUGUUUUGGGACUUAUGGGCGUAACCGCAAAGGCGCAAAGGGACAGAGCAGUGGGAAGGAUGGAUGCAUGGCGAAGCAAUGAGUCAGAAUCAAAAGAUUAUCCUCUUGGUCGGACGCCAACCUGGACUAGCCUCAAGACAGCCAUCUUACACUCACCUGGGACGAUCAUGAGAGAAUGGUCAUGGACGUCCAGGAUGUCCAACAUUCAACUCACUGUUGGACGUUUGGUCGUAAUGUUCACAAGGCAUAUGUGGCUCAUGCUGACGCAAGAAGUCAUGAAAGGCAUCAUACCCUACCCUAACUCGCUUUAUGAUGCCAUGAAGUGCUGGACAAUAACAAGCAUCGACGAUACACUCGCUUCCGUCGCUUUUGAAGCCUGCAAUGCUGGUUUACAUGACCAUACAGGCGUAACUCCAGGUCGCUUGGGUCCCAAGUCAAGAGCCUUUGUGGACAGAUGCUCAUUAUUUUUUCCUGACCCUGAUGCUCCCCAUAAGAGCAAUGCUCAGUGGUGUCUACUGUGGGAAGGAGAUGGAUACAUCGCAGAAUUCCAUAGGACAAUGAAGACAUUAGAUGGGGAUCAGCAGGAGUCGCUAAAGCAAGGUUUACGUGAUGUAUUUUCUGAACUUCACUGUCUACCUGCGAGUGGUGCGAGGGUGUGGAUCCAAAAGAAGGAUGCCAUAGUAUUCAUAACAAAUCCUGCAUUUUACAGGAUCGACCGCAUUGGAAGAGGGGGCGAGAGUCAGAGGAGAGCUCCAAGAGCGCGUCGG